UUCAAAUGUUAGUUCUGCGUUGACGGCACCUCCAGAGCUGAGGCUGCUUUGAGUAGAAUCCUCAAGCUUAGCCUCAGAGUACUAUGAGUCUUCGGAUUCCAGGAAUAAAGAGACCACUCUUGGAUUUACUCUCUGUGUUGCAUGUCAAAGACAACAGAACUGGACCAAGAAAGUUCAUAACUUUUUGUUUUUGUUUCUGCUACGAUGACAUCAUACAUGGCUAUAGAUGGCAGUGCUCUUCAGGUUCCCUUGCGUCAGAAGCCGAGGAGGAAAACUCAAGGUUUUCUCACAAUGAGUCGGAGGAGGAUAUCGUGUAAAGAUCUGGGCCACGCUGACUGCCAAGGGUGGCUGUAUAAGAAAAAGGAAAAGGGAAGUUUCCUAAGCAACAAAUGGAAAAAGUUCUGGGUGAUGCUGAAGGGGUCGUCACUGUACUGGUAUAGCAAUCAAAUGGCAGAGAAAGCUGACGGAUUUGUCAACCUGCCUGAUUUCACUGUGGAAAGAGCAUCUGAAUGCAAGAAAAAGCAUGCUUUUAAGAUCAGCCAUCCACAGAUCAAGACCUUUUAUUUUGCAGCUGAGAAUGUGCAGGAAAUGAACGUGUGGUUAAAUAAACUUGGAUUGGCUGUAAUCCAUCGGGAAUCCACUACAAAGGAUGAAGAAUGUUACAGUGAAAGUGAACAGGAAGAUCCUGAAAUAGCUGCGGAGACACCUCCUCCUUCUCGCUCUUCCCAGACUCAGUCUCCUUCACUAUGUACCGAUGCUGCACAGCAGGCAUCUUCAUCCUCACCCAGCCUGAGUGGAACAUCAUGUUCUUUCUCUUCCCUGGAUACAGUGAAGACACCCAGUAGUUUUCCUUCCUCCUUAUCUGAAGAGAGAGAGUCCUGGCCUGACACAGUUAACAGUUUGUCUGCUGCUGAAGAUGAGGGACAGCCAAUAACGUUUGCUGUGCAGGUUCAUUCACCUGUACCUGCAGAGACAGGCAGCCACAAGGCCCCAGAAAACAGCUUUGUCACAUCAGAAAGUGGAUUUUUGAACUCUUUAUCUAGUGAUGAUACUUCAUUGAGUAGCAAUCACGACCAUCUUACUGUCCAAGAUAAGCCUGCUGGAUCAAAGAUCAUGGACAAAGUGUAAAGAACAUGAUCUGGCCAUGAUUAACCAGUUACUGGAUGACCCGAAGCUGACAGCCAGGAAAUACAGAGAGUGGAAAGUCAUGAACACCCUGCUGAUCCAGGACAUCUAUCAGCAGCAGCGGGCCACGCCUGCCCCUGACGACAGCCCCCAGGAACUCAAAGAAUCACCUUCUUCUCCCUGUGUUGAAGAUUCCAUUUGAGACAAAAUCAGAAUUUUCUCCUCUUGCAUUUUAUCACAAGCAACUCUUCAAGAUGUUGCAAAAACUUACGUUUUUCCUUAAAAGGAAAACCGAAACCCAGUCCUUCAAGCAUCAGCUCCCCAUCUAAAGAUGCACUUUAGAUGAAGAUAAUCCCCAAAUACAGCGGGUCCCCUCGUUUCAGUCAUAACGCAUCCAUUGAGAUUGGAAUGAUUGAGUUCAGUUGAAAGGCAUUUUUUGUGUUCCUGCUGGGAGCUCACGGUGAUGCGGGGAUCUAGGUGGGAUGUGAGAAAUGUAUCUUCUGCUCCUUGCUCUCCAGAGAAUGCUAUGGACAGAAAUCAAAUUUUACCAGGAAUAAUUGUCCUUGGAAACAUUCUGUUUUUCAAAAGAAGACUAUGUAUUCCACCUGGCUAAGCAGCUGUGUUGCCCAAAUCACUUUUUGAGUGGAGGAAUGUUUUCUAUAGCAGUGACUGGAAGAACAAAUGUCAUUUGCAGAACAAAAAUUCCUUGUCUUUGGUGUAGAAUGGUGGUGCCUUUUCCACGUGUUGAGAAAUACUUCAUAGACAGUGGCGCAUGGGAGAGCUGAAGGAUGGGGCGUGUUCCAUAUUCCGCUCACUCAAAGGACAGCUUGGUGUUUUCACACUUUAAGCAGGUUAGGGGAUCUGAUUAAUGUUUCCUUUCCUUACAACAGCUAGAGAAAACAUCUCAUCACAGUUGGACACCUCUACUCCCUUCAAGCUUUCCUAAUCAACAGUAGGAGAUAGUAAUAGGUCCAGCAAAGAAUGUCUACAAGCUCUUAUACGUAGUGUGAAUUUAUAUCCAGAUUGCCUGGAAUUCAUAUUGACAAGAUGACAUUGGCAUUGGAAUUGUUUUAAUAUCUUUACUCAAAAAACAAAAACAAAAACCAACAGACAGAAACAACAAAAGAGUUAAACAUGAUGGUUUUAUUUUUGUAUGUUUAUAUGUAACUUGUGUGCUAUGUGAACAGCUAUCUAUGUUUGUUAUUUAAAUAUAUUUAUAGAAAUUCAAAUUACUAGUGUUUUAAAAGAUGAUAUACUAUUAUAUGUUGUGCUUAGUAUAUAUUUGAUGAGUCUAUACUUUUAGCUUGAGAAAAAUAGAAAUACUGUUGAUUAACUAGUGUUAUGAUGUUGCACUAUACUGUAUGAAGAAUGCUCAGGAAACCUUGUGGGAAAAAGUGGGGCAUGCAUUCAUAAUUUUUAUUUUUCUUCCCACCCCUAUUCCCCUGAGCUCUUAGAUUUAGGUUUCUAUAUCUCUCGUAAGUCACUCUCUUAAGCAGAAAAGGACUUACAUUUUCGAUGAUCCUUUCUAUUAAAUAAACUUUAAGGUUUAUGCCAUUUAUGCCUGAAAACAUUAGACCAAAUGCAACACAACUAAUGUCAUCUUUUCAUUAAAGACUAAUAGAAAUUUAGGAAUUGUUGUGUUAAAGAGAGCUCAUAGAGAAACAGUAUGAAAGUCUUCCCCUACUAAUCACCAUGGAUAUUUCUCGCCAUAAAAAGAGCCACAACCCACCAAGUACCCAUGCUGGCCCUACCUACCCUAACAAACUGUUGACAUAACCUCUUUUGCUUUAUAGUUUCAAAGUGUGGCUUGACAUUCAAAUGGAAAUAACCACCUGAAUUAUAUCUGCGAACAAAAUGGAAAUAGUUGUUGAAUAUUUACCCCAAGCUUUACUAAGAAGCCUUAAUACUCUGUAAACAAACAAAUAAACAAAAAGCAACCUUAGCAUUAAGGAAAAAAAAAAAAAAUGAAGCAAGUUAUACUACUAGAAGCUUCUUUAAGAUAAGAGGCCAGGCCAAUCGAUUUGGCCCAGCAAACAUGUGGGUACUUCUCCACCUAGGGAAGCUACUGAAGAUGAGUCUGACCUGUGGUGCCCUGACAGAGGAGACAUUCAGGUCCUCAGGUUGGACCCUGAUGCGCUGGCUUGAGAGAGCAGUGAUUUUAACCUUUUGGUCCUGGAAAUGACUGAUUCCUUCAGUGAUUAGCCGACACCAGAAGUGGGAUUAUUUAGGAUUUGCAGUAUAAAGAGUACUGAAGGAACGACACGUAACAAUAGUGGAAAUAACAGUGUGACACAAAGUACCCUUCCACCUAUUUUUCUUUGGUUUGCAACACCAACCUGUAGACUUCCAGUUUUUCCUAAAUUGAAGAGCUCCAGAAACUUCUGACCAGGGUUUGUGAAUACCUUUGAAUGCUUUCCGUUGGCUUUUCAUGAAGCCAUGUUUCACCAACUUAAAGGCAAAAAAGAUCCCUGGGAUUACUUAGCCAAGUCUUAAAGUUAUUUUUCAAAGGCACGUCAAGAACAUUAGCCUAGAGGUUUUUGCUUUGUUAGUUAAAGCUUACUUUGCAGAACUUUCCAAAGUGAGAGUUACAUUGAACUGCUUAGUUUUGCACCAGCCUUUCUGAAGCCCCAUUGUCUGCUCAUUCGUGUUUUUCCCCCUGUAAAUUCUUUUGCUUUUGAUCAGGUUGUGCUAGAAGCAGGGCUGGCUUCUGUGAGUUCUCAGCUUAGGCUGUGGUCACCAAGAGGUGGGUGGGGUGAUAGGCAGGAGUGAGAGGGAGAGUGGGUGACACUUUCCAUGACACUCAAUGUAGGAAGACAUGGACUUCUCUCUUUUGGCUUCAAGCUACUUUUCUGGUCCAAAGAAUAUUGGGAAAACUGGAUUACUUUCAGUACAUUUCUUGAGACUGGGUCACCUCUGAAAUGCAUUUGGGGUAGUUUCAUGGGGUCCAAGCGCAGACCCCUAUACCCCGUCCCAUAGGGCCUUUGAGCCGUGGAAUGACAUAAAACCAUGGCUACUCAGGAAGGAAGUGGAGAAUUAGCACAUGUAGUUCCAAAUCUAUGGCACCUGCUAAGGAUUAGGAUUCGGAGAGGACUCCUUUUCAGGGUUGUGAAGAGGACCUUUCCCCUCUAUUGUUAGCCUGUAGACCCAAAGUGGAGUCUGAAGUGAUGCCCUCACUGGUUGGUAUAUUACCAAUAGACAUACUGAGGCCUGCAUUUGAAGGGCCUCUGUUGCUUUUAAGAAUUCUUAGUUUUGUCACAGCAGCUCAAAUCUUAGCAUAGGAUCAAAGGCCUAGAAAGACUCCUAAAGUAUAAGAUUACAAAGACUCCAGGAAGAGGAAGAAAGAGAAACAGAUUGUGUUUGGAGUCAGAUUUCAAUGUGAAAUCCAUGCCUUAUAUUUACACAGCACUUUGUAGUUUGCAAAUUAGUGAGUUUUCAGCCCCCUUUGCUCCCCCACCCCUCCCACUGCCCACGCUUCAUGUGAGAUGAUUGUGGAUUAUAACAGUGAAGUGCCUGGCCCAGAACCUCUAGUGGUGACACGGGAAUUUGAGUCUCAAGACUCCCAGCAGCUCCCUGCCCCUCCCUCCUCUCCACCCCCCACCUCACUUCACCUGUUACCUUGUGAAGUUGCUGUUGGCGCACAGCCCACUGGGGAACCAAGAAGUUUGACUUGCACUGAAUGUUUCCUCACACUGGGCUCAGCACAGGGCUGGCCCUAGUGGCUGUUAAGCUAAAUUCUCCAUUUGAAACCUAAGGGGCCCUCUCUGUGCUUGAAUACAUUCUCUUUCUAAUGGACCUGCUGCAACCUGCUGGAGCCUGUCUAUGAAUUGGGGUUUAACCGAAUCAUGCUGUGUUUCCUUUUCUUUCCUUCUGUACAUUAGAUGACUUGGGAGGUGCUGUGAGAUCCUUGGAUGGAAAACGUGUGUUUAAAGAAAUGGAGAGUGUGUAUUUUGUUUGCCUUUUGAGGCAUGUGCUGUCAGAUGUCAGAGACCCAACUUAGUGAUGAGAGGCUGGUCCUUUGACCUUCUUCUCCUAAUUGCUUUUUAUGUAAUUAUGACCUUUUCCUCAGGUAGCAUUCCAGUCACCAACAAUGUCACAGAGAUGAAACAGGUUUAAAGAGAAAUAUUUUGAAGUCUUUUGAAAAGAAGUGCUAUCCAAAUUUAAGCCAUGUUUAAAUUCAUAGGCACAUUAACUCUUAGUAAGAAAGACAUUUUAUUUUUCUUUUUGAGAUGGAGUCUCGCUCUGUUGCGCAGGCUGGAGUGCAGUGGUGGGAUCUUGGCCCACCGCAACCUCUGCCUCCCAGUUCAAGUGAUUCUCCUGCCUCCUGCUCAGCCUCCCGAGUACCUGGAAUUAUGCAUGGCUAAUUUUUAUAUUUUAUAUUAUAUUAGAGACCGGGGUUUCACCAUGUUGCCCAGGCUGGUCUCAAACUCCUGACCUCAGGUGAUCUGCCUGCCUUUGCCUCCCAAAGUGCUGGGAUUACAGGCAUGAGCCACUGCACCCGGCCGAAAGACAGUAUUUUGAUAUAGCCACAUAAGUGAUUGAGUAAUGUUAAGUACAGAAAAACUGCCAUAUGCACAUAAAGUUUUAGGGGGUAUUUCUUCUUCAGUCUAACAAAACUAUGAUACCCAAUUGGGGUUUUUCAGUUUAUUUCUCUUUCAGUUUUUCUUGUAUACCUCACAGGAGAAAUUGAGUCCUAGCAAUGGGAGAGAACUGCCCUGUCUAGGGUUUUGUAACACAUCAUUGAAAAAUAAAAGACCCCAAAACAAAAUUUUUGCAGCCUGCAUGACAUGGACUGGGGAAGGGGGAUAAUUUCUCCCCUCACAGAAAGCCACUAGUCUCCUUGAAUGAGAUAUUGAGUAGACGCGUUUCUCUGUGGCGUGAGGCAGGAAGCAAUUCCCUUGCCUCUUCUGCACAUCUUAAUUCUUUCCAGAACCACAUGGAAAACUUUGAAAAUGGAUUCUUCGUCAAGAAAUGGUUUAUAUAUUUCUCUUGCUGUAAGGAGACUUCACUGAUCUGUAUUUUUUUUUUUUAACCAUUAGCUCAAACAAGAAGCAUGCCCCAUCAAAACAGUAAAUGCCGUGUAAUAAAACCAGGAGUUGUAAUCGCCAUGUAUUUUAAUGUGCUUGCAUGAUGGGAACGUAACUUUUAGCACUGCAUGGUGUUUGGGGGCCAGAUAUUAAUGUGGAAACGAUAGCUUCAGUUUGUGCUUUCAUUCUGUGUCAGCUACCCCUCUAAACUGAAAAAAGAGGCAUGGCUCGUUUCUCUCCUGCUUUAUGUUUUUGAGGUUGACUUGUAAGAUAAAAAUAAAAAUAAGAAAAAAAAUCUAGUAGAAUAACAUAGGAAAAAAAAGUUAACAUAUACUACUGGUGUUCAUUUUCUGCCCUGCCGUGUUGCUUUCUCAAAGAAAUAAACCUGUGGCUGGGAAGUG